GGUUUUGGUUCGAACAUUCGGGUAAAAAUUUAAUAUUUUCAGGAAAUAAUGGAUUGCAAAAUGUUCAUUUUCUUAAUGGCGUUGGGGAUACAAUUAAGUUUGGCGGAUGACGUGAGCUAUCAAGCUUGCGUCGAUAAAUACUCAAGGAAGGGAUACCAGCCAUGGCAGGAAUGGUCCGAUCAUUACACCUGCCACAGAUACCGAUGUGAAAUACGAGAUGGGAAAUACUUUAUUGCUGCUGUCGGUUGCCGCAAGCCAAAGAUACCUGAAAAUGCCCUCGAGUGCCACGAAUAUAUAGAAGAUGAGAACGUUGAAUUUCCAACAUGCUGUGCUCGCUUACGUUGCGUUGUGGAAGUCAAUGGUGAAAGAAUUGUGCAGACACGUGGACAACCUGGUGAACUAUUCCCAGACAAGCCAUGGAAGGGCCAACAAAAUGAACCAAACGCAGCGGUAGUCGGCAUGGGACCAGUACAGCAGAACCCAGGUGGUGAACCCCAGAGCCAGCCAGCUCCCGGCAUGUUUAACAACAGAGGCGCAGGCAAGCCAACGGAUGGCAGCGAUAUUAAUGGACGCCGUUACGUAGACCCAUAUCCAUCACAACCAAUGCAAGAUUCACCGAGAAAGAAGAGAUCUACCAACCACCCCCUUUUUGACCGUGGACUCCUACAGGAACGUGCUUAUGCCCCACAUCAGAUCAAGAUUCACGGAUAUUCCCCUGAAAAAUAUACGUCAUACUUUACAAGUAGUGUCAAAGGCAUUUCUAAUCCUAAGCUUCACAUUAAUAUGUCUUAAUAACGAUCAAUGCAUUAUUCAUUAUAUAUUUGUGGUUUGUUGAUAAUAAAUUUGUUUAAUGUU